AGUCGAAAUUGUCACUUUUCCGUUAACCGUCGUGUGAAUCUGUGCGAAUAUUUCGCGGUGCUCGUUUGUGAGAAUAUCGAUGUUCUAAUAGUUGCCCAUAAAAUAUGUUAAUUGUUUGCACUCGUGAACAUCACGUCACGGUUAAAUAAGUGUUAUAUAACAAUAAGUGUGUAUAUAAAAGAUGGCAGAUCCAAAACCAUCAAAACUAAGACCACCGUCAAAAAUUGGUCGACCAUGCAGCAAUCUUCCACCAAGACCAGCAGUCCCACCAUCAAUGCCUAGACUAUCGUUGAACCAGAUGGAUCAUCUCUGGGAAACGCACGGCCGCCGAUUAAGCGAGGCUGGUCUGCGCAGGGGAUCAGAUACUAGUGUCGUCCUGACGGAGGACACCGACAGCUUUAUAAUAGGAGACCGAGUGUGGGUCGGUGGUACCAAGCCAGGCUCGAUCGCCUACAUCGGAGAGACACAGUUCGCCCCGGGAGACUGGGCUGGUGUCGUUCUGGAUGAACCAAUCGGGAAGAACGAUGGAUCGGUGGCGGGUUGCCGGUACUUCCAGUGCGAGCCUAAACGUGGGAUAUUCUCGCGUCUGACCAGGUUGACCAGGCAACCUUUGGACGACUUUCCCAUGUCGCCGACCCAGAAGACCCCCACGACGCCACCGGACAGCACGAAAGGAAGCCUCGCCAAGUCCAUGUCUCCCUCACUGAACGCAUCCACGACAAGUCUGUCGUCCACGGUGUCGCAGAGGGAUCUCAGGAUAGGCGAAAGGGUAAUAGUAUCGUCCAGCCAAGGCAGCAAAACCGGUGUCCUCAGGUACUUGGGCACCACAGAAUUCGCGGCAGGCGAGUGGUGCGGCGUGGAGCUCGAUGAUCCAGUUGGCAAGAACGAUGGCUCCGUUGGCGACAAGAGGUACUUCGAGUGUCGACCUAAAUACGGCCUGUUCGCACCCGUGCACAAGGUCAGCCGGUCGCCGUCCAGCAGAAGGUCGUUGUGCGUGGUGCACAAGCCAACAGGCGCUGCCCUGAAUUCGUCCUUGAAGAAGACUGGUUCCAGGGAAUCGCUCAUCUCGCUGUCGAGUAUCGCCAGCACAGCGAGCACGGCUGCCAGGACUGGUAUCAGUACCGCGAGGAGGCCUGGUUUGCGCACGCCGGCACUUGCACGAACUACCCUGCAGGAAACUUUAAAGGAGAAGCAACAGGAGAUAGAGAUUCUUCGACGAGAAAGAGAUUUAGAACGUGACCGUGUUACAAAAGCAGCGAAUCAAGCUGACCAGGCAGAGCAGUCUAUAAUCUCAAUAAAACAUGAAUAUGAACAGUAUCGCGAGAAAAUGCAAAAGACAGUCACCGAAGCGGAAACUGCGCUUACGAAGUUACUCGAGGAAAAGAAUGCACUGGCUCAACAACUUGAAGAAGAGAAAAGAAAAUGCGAAGACCUUCUAUUCCGCUUUGAAGAAGAGUCGGUCAAUAAGGAUGAUAUUCAGAAAGAGAGAACUGAGCAAUGUGUGAUAAAUACUGUAAAUGAAAACAGGAUCAGGGAUCUCGAAAAGCAAUUGUUGGAGGAAAGAGAACGUGUUGGUCAAUUGGAACAAGACAGUAUAAAAUUAUUUGAAACUGAAGAAGAAUUAGCACGUCUUCGAAAUGAAAUCUCCAGUGCUACUACCCAAGAGAAACACCUAUUGGAAGAUUUACAGAACCAGAACAGAGGUCUGGAAGAAACAAAAGCCAGUCUCGAAAGAGAAGUGAACGAAAAAUCAGCGCUGGUAGAACAAUGUGUCGUGCAAAUAAAAGAGUUCGAAUUAAAACUUAACGAAAGUCAGAAGGAGAAUGCAACGCAUAAAGAAUCGGAAGCAAAUCUGCGAACAGAAUUGGAACGCAUGACGAAAGUUCUGGAUGAGAAAAGUACAAUCAUAGAAAACAUAAAGAAAGAAUUCGAAAGCACUGCAGACACUUUAAAAACAGAAUUGCAACGUGCUAAAGAAACGAUAGAGUAUAUCAAGGUAGAAAAUGUCAAGGAAAAAGAUUCUUUGAUAUCAAAGUAUGAGAAAAUCAUCGAGGAGAAGGAAAACCUCGUAAAAGUAAAGACACUAGAGUUUGAGACUGAAUCGAAGAAGCAAUUCGAAGCACAAAGCGUAGCCUUAGAGGAUCUUAAGACAGAGAACAUUAAGCAAAUCAACAAACUUUCAGAGUCUUUCAAUGAACAAUUGAAUAUGAAAGACUCGAGGAUUAAAGAAGUAUUCAUGCAACUCGAUCAGAAAACAUCCGAGACUGAAAAACUAAUGAAUGAACUGUCUGCGCAAAUUGAUUUGGGUAAAAAAAGGGAUGAAGAAUUAAACGUCGCUUUGCGGAAGCUCGAAGAACUGAACGAAAAGCUUAAGUUAAUGGAAGAAAAGAACGCUACACUUUCGAAACAAAUAGAAGAGUACCGAUCAAGGGCUGACGACAGUUUCAAGAUAGUUCAAGAAAAACAAAAAUUAGAGCAAGAUGUUGCUUCUUUAAUAGCUACCGAGGCAAAUUCUUCUGCGCAAUUGAAGAAAUUAAGCGAAGAAUUAAAAGUGAAGGAAAAAGAAUUGUCUGAACUACGUUCUACUACUGCAGCUGAAAUCGAAGAAUUGAUUAAGCAUUAUCAGGGGCAGGUCGAAGAAAAAACGAAAUAUAUCGAAGAAGUAACAGCAGACGUAUCUCAAAAAUCGGAAUUGCUUAGUAAAUUAGAAAAGGAUAUAAUUGAACUGAAAUCGAUCCUUGCAACUAAAGACGAGCAAAUAAAGAAUCUUACGGAAAAGACUUCAGAAUUGCAAGAUGCUCUUACAUUAUCAGCACAAACCAAGACCAAUCUGGAGAUCGAACUUCGAGCACUUGAAAGUAAUGUGGAAGAAUUGAAUCAGCAAGUCGCCAGCUCGGAAAAUAAAAUAUCACAAGUAACCACUCAAAAAGAAAAACUGGAAUCAGAUAUUGCGAAUCUGGUGAGCAGUUCUACUGAUUCCUCUGAGCAACUGGUGAAAUAUAACGAGGAUUUGCGUUUGAAAGAAAAAGAACUUGAAGAAUUAAAGGACAAAGCGUUUUUAAGUGAAAGCACGAUAAAAUCAUUGGAAGGAAAAUUAAGUAACGUGGAACAAGAGUUGAAUAAAGCUAGUACGUUGAUUCAGGAACAGCGCACUGCACUAGAUGAUAGCAAAUCUCAAUUGGAAAAUGAGAAAAAAUUAAAUACAGAAUUAUCUGGAAAAAUGAAACAGUUCGAGACAGAAAACGAUGAACUUAACAAAAUAAUAAGUGAAAAUGAACGUGUCAAGGAUAAUCUUAAAGAGAAAUCUGAAGAAACGUUUCACCUUGCUAAUGAAUUAAAGAUAAGUAAAGAGGAAGUACUCAGCCUUCAGAAACGAUGCGACACGUUGCAAAAUUCUCACAAAGAAGAAAUGUCUUCUCUUCAGAAACAAAUCAGUGAUAUGCAAGCGGAAUUAACUGCGUCUCAAAAAGAAACUAAAACUUUGCAAAAGAUGAAAUCAAAGUUAGAAGCAGAUCAGAGCGCCAAUCGUUGGUCUAUCGAGGAACUAACGGAAAAGCUGGCCGUUGAAACAGAAAAUCGUUCUAAAUUAGAGUCCUUGAUAUCGGAAAAGGAUUCUAGUUUUCAAGAAAUUCAAAAUAAAUAUUUAAAAUUACAACAAACAAAUGAAGCUUUAUUAGUUAAUAAGGAAGCCAUCGAUAAAAAUCUCACAAUCUCGUUAGAUGUCAUGUCUAAUGAAGUCAAAGAACUGAAAGACAAAUUAACUGGUGCGACGGAAACUAUUAAAAUCAAGGAAGACGCUCUCGCUCAAAUGAAGACGGCGUCUGAACAAACCGAGGCUCAAAUUUUGAAACUGAACGAGACUAUUGCGUCCAUGAAGGAAGAACAAGCGCAUAGUAUGGCAGAAAUUAAAGAAGUACAAGAAACACUUUCGAAGAAAGAAAAGGAAGUCGUUGACAUCUUAGAAACAAAAAAUUCUUUAGAAGAUAACAUAAAACAAUUAGAAUCGCAGUUGAAAAUUGUUGGAGAAGAAUUACGCAUGAAAAACAAUUCGCUUCAAGACAUGGAACACGCGAAUAAAGAACUGCAAAACGCCAAAGAUGAAUCUGUGAUGAAAUUGCAAAACACUUUAGAGUCUGAAAUUAAAUCUAAGCAGAUCGAAUUUGAGACUGUAACCCGGAAAAAUUCUGAAUUAGAGCAGAAACAGCUCGCACUUCAGGAUCUCGUAGAUAAACAAAUUAGUGAUUUGAAUAAUAAGGAAGCAAUAAUCGAUAAGUUAACAGCACAAAUUAAAGCGUUAGAAAAUACACAGUCGGAGAAACUACAGGCGCACGAGCAAACGAGAAAUGAGGAGUUCAAGCUCAUUCAAAAUAAAUUGGAUGACAUAAAUAAGGAGAAUGGAAAUUUAAUGGACACCAAAGAAUCCCUCGAGAAGUUGCUUAGAGAUCGAGAAGAGAAGAUUGAAAUAUUGUUGAAUACUAUAAAGAAUAAAGAAAACGAAGCUGACAAGAAUAUGCAAAACCUGUUGGAGAAAUUAAACCGUAUAUCCACGGAAUCUGCACAGUUAAAGGAGGCACAAAGUAACUUAGAAAGGGAAAACAAACAAAUUACUGCUAAAUGGACGGAAGCAACGAAUCAAUUAAAACUGACUCGUGAGAACAUGAAGAAUAAUUACGAUGCAGCUGGGGGUGACAUGAAACAACAUAUAGUUGAAAAAGAUAUCGACGUAUUAAAAUUGCAAGAAGAAUAUGAAACAGCAAAGAGUCAAAUAGACUUCUUGAAUUCCGUGAUAGUGGAUAUGCAGCGUAAGAAUGAAACUUUAAUGUGCAAAGUAGAAGUUCUUGAAAUGGGAGUACCUGCUAACGAAGCUGACGAUUAUACUCAAAGCACAUUAGAUAAACGUAUGGCCGCGCCACGUAUGUUCUGUGAUAUUUGCGAUCAGUUCGACUUACACGAAACUGAAGAUUGCCCACGUCAAGCCCAAGAUUUCCUUGAGCCAGAGAACGUUGCAAAAUCACCAAAGAAAGUGUCAGUGGAAAGACCUUACUGCGAAAACUGCGAAAUGUUUGGACACGAUACUCGUGAUUGCGACGAUGCUGAGACGUUUUAACAGCGUGUAAUUAUUCGUAGUCCUAUUUCACAGCUUGUCAAAUAUCCUACACACGCGAAAAAACAUGUUAAGAUUUUGCAGAGUAUAUUUUUAUAUGAAAGAAUUUAACGCAACCAUUGUAUGUGUCUUCCUGCAUAGAAUGUGCGUAUCCAUCCAGAAACUCCGGUGAUUUGGUGAAAAACCUGUGCUCCCAUAUUAAACCUAUAGCUUAAAACUCUAUAUACGUUUACAGAAAUGUGACAGAAAUGUUUUUUGUUUACAUUCAUUCUACUUCCACCUAAUUAUUACAGUACAAAGCGAUACAAAUCAAUAAUAGGUCCGAAUUACAACUAAGUUAGCUAUGAUAUAUUGUUAAAUUGUAUAAUAAUUUAUGAGAAGGGAGCAUAUAUUGUGAAAGUGUGCACAAUGAAAUGUUACACAUAUACCGCGCAAAACUUGCGGAAAUCGAGUGUAAUUAUGUACAUAACAAUUAUUUAUAUCGAUCUGUACAUGUAUUUAAUAUUUAUUUUGCCUUUGGAAACGCAUUACAUUCAGUGAUAGUUCCUUUUUUUCAAUAAUUAGGUACUCGAAUCAUUAGUAUUCGAAAAGAGGCGUUUCUUAAACCGAUUUUCAAUACUUGGCUUGAUUCUUAUACCAUAAUAGAAAAAAUACCUGUACUGAUUGGUAGUAUAGUUUUUCAGAAAGAAUAUUUGUACGUCCAGUGUAAUGUAAGGAAAUGCUUUCUGUGCGCGUUACGCUGUGCUUUCGUCAUCAACGUCUGUACAAAAAUCGUUUCGGUAGAAUUGUACUACUUGUUACUCUCUUGCCUUUCAACUUUAAGUCUUAAAACAGGGUUAAUAAUGAUCACUGAAUUAGUCUCAUCUUUAAAUGUAAAUCUGAUUAAUUAGAUUCAUGCUUUGUAGUUAAGAGAAAUAAAUUCUAAUAGACUGAU